AUGUCAAAAGUACCAAGAAGCUUCAGAUUACUCGAGGAGUUGGAAAAGGGCGAGAAGGGACUCGGUCCGGACUCCUGCAGCUACGGCUUGGCCGAUAGCGACGAUAUCAGUAUGACGUAUUGGAACGGAACCAUCCUAGGACCGCCACACAGCAACCACGAGAACCGCAUAUACUCUGUGUCGAUUGAAUGCGGACCAAACUACCCCGACGAGCCCCCCAAGAUCAAGUUUAUCUCCAAAGUGAACGUCCCCUGCGUCGACCCCAAGACCGGCGAAGUAAACAGCAGCCUGUUCCACACCUUGCGCAACUGGAAAAGAGCGUACACCAUGGAGACGCUCCUGCUGGACCUAAGGAAGGAGAUGGCCACACCUACCAACAAGAAAUUGCCGCAACCCAAGGAGGGCACCACUUUUUAA